GGAGGGCGGGAUGCGGGCGUCAGGUGUCCGGGCGCAGUGAGGCCGCACCGCACCCGCCCCGCUCGGGCUGCCGAGCCCCACCAUGGCCAGCGCCCGGAGCAUCGAGCUGGAGCACUUCGAGGAGCGGGACAAAAGGCCGCGGCCGGGCUCGCGGCGCGGGGCGCCCAGCUCCUCCGGGGGCAGCAGCAGCUCGGGCCCCAAGGGCAACGGCCUCAUCCCCAGCCCGGCGCACAGCGCCCACUGCAGCCUCUACCGCACGCGCACGCUGCAGGCCCUGAGCUCCGAGAAGAAGGCCAAGAAGGCGCGCUUCUACCGGAACGGGGACCGCUACUUCAAAGGCCUGCUCUUCGCCAUCUCCAGCGACCGCUUCCGGUCCUUCGACGCGCUCCUGGCGGAGCUCACCCGCUCGCUGUCCGACAACGUGAACCUGCCCCAGGGCGUCCGCACCAUCUACACUGUCGAUGGCAGCCGGAAGGUCACCAGCCUGGACGAGCUGCUGGAAGGUGAGAGUUACGUGUGUGCAUCCAAUGAGCCAUUUCGUAAAGUCGAUUACACCAAAAAUAUUAACCCGAACUGGUCCGUGAACAUUAAGGGUGGAACAACUCGAGCGUUGGCUCCUGCCUCCUCCGUGAAAAGUGAAGUCAAAGAAAGCAAAGAUUUCAUCAAGCCCAAGUUAGUGACCGUGAUUCGAAGUGGAGUGAAGCCUAGAAAAGCUGUGAGGAUCCUUCUGAAUAAAAAGACUGCUCAUUCCUUUGAACAGGUCCUAACUGACAUCACCGAAGCCAUUAAGCUCGACUCAGGAGUGGUUAAAAGGCUCUGCACCUUGGACGGAAAGCAGGUUACUUGUCUGCAAGACUUUUUUGGUGAUGAUGAUGUUUUUAUCGCGUGUGGACCUGAAAAAUUCCGUUAUGCCCAAGAUGACUUUGUCCUGGAUCACAGUGAAUGCCGGGUCCUGAAGUCGUCUUACUCUCGAUCCUCAGCUGUUAAGUAUUCUGGAUCCAAAAGCCCUGGGCCUUCUCGUCGCAGCAAAUCGCCAGCUUCAGUAAAGAGAGGUGGCCACUACUCCAGUGCCUAUUCUUCAGCCAAAUCCCCAGUUAACGGAACUCCCAGCAGCCAACUUUCCACUCCUAAAUCUACAAAAUCCUCCAGCUCCUCUCCAACCAGCCCAGGAAGUUUCAGAGGAUUGAAGCAGAUUUCUGCUCCUGGCAGAUCAUCUUCCAGUGUAAACGGUGGAUCUGACCUGGACCGCUGCAUGAGUCCUGAAGGUGUGAAUGGAAACAGGUACUUGGAAUCAUCGACUCUUCUUGAGAAAUACAAGAUUGGGAAGGUCAUUGGUGAUGGCAAUUUUGCAGUAGUCAAAGAGUGUAUGGACAGGUUUACUGGAAAGGAGUUUGCCCUAAAGAUUAUAGACAAAGCCAAAUGUUGUGGAAAGGAACACCUGAUCGAGAAUGAAGUGUCAAUAUUGCGCCGAGUGAAACAUCCCAACAUCAUCAUGCUGGUCGAGGAGAUGGAAACCACAACUGAGCUCUUUCUGGUGAUGGAACUGGUCAAGGGUGGAGACCUCUUUGAUGCGAUUACUUCUUCGACCAAGUACACGGAGAGAGAUGGCAGCGCCAUGGUGUACAACCUCGCCAAUGCGCUCAGGUACCUGCAUGGCCUCAGCAUCGUGCACAGGGACAUCAAGCCAGAGAACCUCUUGGUGUGUGAGUACCCCGACGGCACCAAGUCGCUGAAGCUGGGAGACUUCGGGCUGGCGACCGUGGUGGAAGGGCCUCUGUACACAGUCUGUGGCACACCCACCUACGUGGCUCCGGAAAUCAUUGCCGAAACCGGCUACGGCCUGAAGGUGGACAUCUGGGCAGCUGGUGUGAUCGCGUACAUCCUUCUGUGUGGGUUUCCACCCUUCCGAAGUGAGAACAAUCUCCAAGAGGAUCUCUUCGACCAGAUCUUGGCGGGGAAGCUGGAGUUUCCAGCCCCCUACUGGGAUAACAUCACUGACUCAGCCAAGGAAUUAAUCAGUCAAAUGCUUCAGGUAAACGUUGAAGCUCGAUGUACUGCAGGACAAAUCCUGAGUCACCCCUGGGUGUCAGACGAUACCUCCCAGGAGAAUAAUAUGCAAGUGGAGGUCACAGGUAAACUAAAACAGCAUUUUCAUAACGCGUUCCCCAAGCAGAACAGCACUUCCACUGGGGUCUCCGUCAUCAUGCUCUCCCCUUCCACGGGAAGAAGCAAGAAGCCCAGCUGUACACAUUCCAGCUCACUUCUCAAGAGACAGGAAGUUAUACAGAAUCUCAUUAUCCCAAGGGGUAAAACAAACUGGAAGACUUCAGACAGAAGAACAGGACAACUUUCAAGCCGAGAAUGUUUCCAGGAGAGCAGCCUGGAGACAUGAGAUUAUGGCACUGUUUCUGCUUCAUGGAAGAGACAGAGAUGGCUGGACGAUUCCAGUGAGGAAGCACUGAACUGCAAACAGCUCUGUCCCUGAUGAGAUCUGGACUGUUAGAUGUGCUCCUGGAAAGCUCGCUCAGUAGCUCUGGCCCGAAUUGCACAGAGCUCAAGUACACCAGCUCAAGCGCCUCUCCACUCCCCUCAGUGCCUUUCUGGCCCUGCCUCGGCCCUAAGAUUUGAAAGACAGGGUCAAGAGUUUCUGUCCAGGUGUGAGAUGGAAACCAGUCCAAUCAGAGGACAGAAAAAUAAACAAAUACACAAAGAUGUGCCUUGUUCCUGCCUCACGGAAGUGAGAAAAUUAAUGGACUACUAUUUGUGAAACACCUUAAACUCUACAGCAGUGCUGUGAAAUAGUAAUUUUCUACAGUAAUGGAAAUGUUUUGCAUCUGGGCUGUCCAAUACCAUGGCAACUAACCACAUGUGACUAUGUAACACUUGAGAUAGGACUACUGCCACUAAGGAAUUUAAUGGUAUUUAAUUUUUUGCUAAUUUAAACUUAAAUAGCCCUAUGUGCCCAAGGGCCACUGUAACAGGCUAAAGUUUUAGAGAAAAGGAAGCAACUUCAUCUUUGGUAGCUGGGUUUGGAAGACACUAAG